UCGGCACGUCUCUGACAUGUUCCUUAUGCUGAAGUUCAUAAUUUGUUUACCUUUUUUGACGAUUAGUAUGUAAAUUUAUGGCUUAAAAACGAAACAAUAAAGAAAAAUGAGCGCAGAGGAAGACUCAGAAGAUGUCAAGUCUUUAGAAGAUCGUCCAGCAAGUAGUAACGCUGAACUUGAUUACGAAUCGGAUGAUAGCGGUGAGACGGAAAAUUCGGACCGAGAAGAGGUCGCGUCACAUUUGACAGUUGGAUCUGCGAAACCAGUAAAAGGGGAAGCGUUCUGUGACUGCUAUAAAACUGGGAGAGAAAAGGAGUGCGUGUGUGGAGAAGAUGAUUCUUGUAAGUAUUUUGAAUGGACCUGGGACAGUGGUUCAAAAUCUGCCGCAAGCUUUCUGAAACACGACCAGCGUGAGGUAGUGUUCCAUGUUGACUACAGUUGUGGUACAGCUGCUGUGAGAGGCAGUCAGCCAAUGUGUGAUGACCAGUACUACUGGGAAGUGAAGAUGACCACUCCUGUGUAUGGCACUGACAUGAUGGUCGGUGUUGGAACUGUUGAUCUAGACCUGAACAAGUAUCGACACAAGUUCUGCAGCCUUGUGGGCAGGGAUGCAGAAAGCUGGGGCAUGUCAUACACUGGCAUGCUGCACCACAAGGGACUCAAACAGAUGUAUGCCAGCAAGUUCGGCCAAGGAACAAUUAUUGGUGUCCACUUGGAUAUGUGGCAUGGGACCUUAUCAUUUUAUAAAAACAGAAAACCGCUUGGUAUAGCCUACAGGGGCCUUCAAGGGAAGAAGCUUUACCCGGUCGUCUCCUCGACAGCUGCGCGCAGUGGAAUGAAAGUGAUUAAGUGCAGAUCGUUUAAGACUUCUCUCCAGUUUAUGUGUUGUCAAGUACUACGGACUGUUAUACCCCGACAUUUAGAUGUACUCAAAGUCAUAGACAUGCCGCCCGGGCUCCGGGAAUUCCUUGAAAAUAACAUGAGCUGGCUUCUGCAGCCUAACCCCAUUGAGAGCCCCACUCCGUCAUAUUCUGAAAUGUUCAUGAGGGGGCAGGGAGUGAAGCGCAAGUUUUCAAGUUCGGACGACGACUGUGAUGGAUCUUCUACGAGUAGUAAAAAUGCGAGAUAACUAAAUUAGUGGAUUCAUACUAGGAGAGUCAUAUCUGAAUUGUUUAACAAAAAUAAACUGUUCAUGUUAUUCUGUCAUAUUCAUGUUGUAUAGGACACACAUGCAUUUUGUAUUAUUUUGGAACUCUCACUUCAAGUUUUUAAAAAUAUUAUCUAGAAAAUGUGAGAAAACUAAAUUACCGUAGAGGAUUCAUACUAGGAUUAUCAUAUCAACAAAAAUUAAAUGUUCAUGUUUUUCUGACAUAUUCAUGUUGUAAAGGAAACACAUACAUCAUGUAUUAUUUUGAAAUUCUCACUUUAAGUUUUUGGAAAAAAAUUAUCACAAAAACGUGAGAUAACUAAAUUAGUUGAUUCAUACUAGGAAUACAUGUAUCGUAUCUGAAUUGUUUAACAAAAUAAACUGUUCAUGUUAUUCUGUCAUAUUCAUGUUGUAUAGGACACAACAAAUACAUUAUGUAUUAUUUUGAAACUCUAACUUUCAGUUUUUGAAAAAAUUAUCUCAAAAAUGCGAGAUAACUAAAUUACCGUAGAUGAUUCAUACUAGGAUUAUCAUAUCUGAAUUGUUUAACAAAAAUAAACUGAACAAGUUAUUCUGUCAUAUUCAUGUUCUAUAGGACACACAUACAUUAUGUAUUAUUUUGAAACUCUCAUAAGUUUUUGAAAAAAUUAUUUAAAAAAUGUGAGAUAACUUAAUUAUUGGAUUCGUACUAGGAAAAUCAUUUCUGAAUUGUUUAACAAAAUAAACUGUUCAUGUUAUUCUGUCAUAUUCAUGUUGUAUAGGACACAACAAAUACAUUAUGUAUUAUUUUGAAACUCUCACUUUCAGUUUUUGAAAAAAAUUAUCUCAAAAAUGCGAGAUAACUAAAUUACCGUAUAUGAUUCAUAGUAGGAUUAUCAUAUCUGAAUUGUUUAACAAAAAUUAAAUGUUUAUGUUAUUCUGUCAUAUUCAUGUUGUAUAGGACACACAGACAUUAUGUAUUAUUUUGAAACUCUCACUUUAAGAUUUUGAAACAAAUAUAUUUCAAAAUCACUUUUAACUGAGGCUGGAAAUGGGAAUAAGGACCUCUUUCCUAUUUAGGUAUUAACUGUAUUAAUUUUACUCUGAAAGCAUUUUUUUGCAUUGUUUGAAAUUAGCACAAGCUUUGCACUGGUUAAGUGCUUCGUGGGCUUGCUUUCAUUCCGGAUUUUAUACAGCAGGGCUAGUUUUUUUUUUUUUAAUCCAAGUAAAAGUGUAAGAAAUUAGGUUUGUUCGUUCUAAAGUCUAGAUUCAAUGACUGUUUUGGACAUUUUUUUUAAGUCAAAGACACUCAUUGAAAUUGUGAUUUUUUUUUUAAGUAAACCCAAAUACUUUCUAUUCAUACUAUUUAAAAAUCAUAACCUACACGACUCUGACUGGAAAUUUUUUGAUAUAUGUAUAUAAAUAAAAUACACACAUAAAUAUAUAGAAAUAGUGGAUAAACAGUCGAAAUUUGUUGGGUCAAUAUUGUUUGGCUCAAUUUCAUUUUUAUCUCAACUGGAUGUAAAGGAACAAUUCUUUUUUUACUCUUUGUAAGCCUUCCGCUUGGCUCAAAAUUUGUGAGGCUCAGAAGUAUUUUGCAGGUCCUUGGGAUAUCGGGCCAACUAGGCUUUUUUAAAAGACCUGACUUGAUUUAAGCUUGCGGGCUUGUGUUAAGUUCAUUCACUGUUUUCCAUACUUAAUUACAUGUUUAAUUCAUUACUUAAAAUAAAAGUAUAUACAAUUGUUCUGAUUCAAAUUAUUUUAUUGUUUCAUGUGUCUUAGGUAAUGAAAGUUUGAUCUGAUAAAGAUAUUAUUGUUUUCAUUUCUUGGCCUUUUUAAAGAUAUUGACAUAAAUGUUAACAUAUAAAUGUUUAUACAUUUAAGCUUAUUUUGACAGUGUUUCGGUGAUAUGUUGCAUUGCAUUUUCAAAUACACAUUAUACUUUUAAUAUUCUCUAUUCGUCUAAAUUUUCAAAAAAACAUGUACCGGGGUAUUAUCAAUUAAAUUUUCAGAGGAAUUCUGAGCAAUGCUCUUCAUAGUGUAGGUUUUAUCUUGUAGAAAAUAGAAGCAUUUAAGAAAAAAUGUCAAGUUAUUGUUAUAGCUUUAACAUUGUUGUUGUCAUCAAGGUCAGGAAACUUUGGCCUUAACCAAUAUAUAAAAUGUUACUGGUAGCUUGUGGUUGUUGCUUUAUCAUUAUUGACACUCCGGUUUUGUUCAAAUUUGAAGUAAGGGGAGCCGUUUUGAUAACAUCCCUUUGACCCCAAUUUUGGGCCCCCGGGAACUAAUCGCGGAAAUGGUUUCAGCCCUUCAGCUGCCAAGUCAAUCUAAUCCAUGAAGAUAUUAACAUAAAAUGUUGUCCACAUGCUUUAAGUGAUAAUAAGAAUACGUAGAAACAAGGUCCAUAACUAGUAAUUGUUGAUUUAUCUGUCCUUACUUGAAUGCAAAGAAACAGAUGAUCAUUAUUAUCCUCUUGUUGAGCUCUUGUUUAAUUUUCUUUUAAACAACUAGUACUGUUUCCAGUAUUGACUUUCUUAAUUUUAAAGAUGCACUCUAACUCCCAAAUAAGCAGUACCGCAAUUAAUACAAUUGUUUUUAUUUAUUGAAAACAUGAAAAAAAUAUCGAAAACAGUGGUUCUUAUGAAGGAUACAUCACUCAAAAUGUAUUUUUGUUAUACAUGUAUGUAUUGACUUUAAAUACUAGUAUCACUUUCAGCAGCACAACUCAAUUGAUUAUUAAUGCAGAUACCAGGGGGCAUGAUUAAUGAACAAUCUCAUGUCUGAGUUCAGACUCAAGUGGCAAAACUGCAAAUCUUCAUUAUAUUUAACUUUUAUUCUUGUUGAGUAUUGAUGAUGACAUUUCCUGAAUUUUAUAACUAUUUGAUAUUGUACAGUUCUUAACAAAACAGGUGGAAAAGGAUGAUUGUUUGUAAUUUAAUUAAAGUGCUUUUCUCAAUCUGAGACUGUUCUUAAUUAUGAGUCAAGUUCUAACAAAUGUACAUGUAUGAGUUGUUAAUUCUGUCGAACUGUCUUGGGUGUAAUAGUUAAUUUCUGGUCAUAUCAGACACAGCCAGCUUGAAUUUGUAAAUAACGCUUUCAAUUUAUACAGUGAUCUUUUUAAAGGCAAAAUUAAACUAAAAUUCCUGAUCUUACGAUAUUCGAUCGUACGCUCAUUGACAAAAUGGCCAUUAUGUUUGAAAAGCAUAUUACCGGUAGGUAUAUGCAAGUUUAUGUGGAUUUAAAGAUUAACAAAUACUUUUUGGUGCAAUGACUUUAUAAUUUGGUCAGUAGGUAUAUCAUUGUAUGUAUGUAUAUAUACAUGUAUAUAUUUAUUCAAAUAAAUAAUUAACGACAUCACAUUAGUUUAUCCUAUUUUGUUUACAAAUAAAAUAGAACAAACCCAUAUGAUGUUGUUUAUUUUUUAGUUUUUUGAACCUGCACACCUUCAUAUGUGUAAAGUUUUGUUUCAUUUGAAAAAAAAUGUUACUGUUACUAUAUAUCAGUAUUUAGUGUAAAGUAUGUUUCAGAUUGUCUGUUUUUAAGAAGAUAAGUUGGGAAAUUGUCCUAGCCUUGAUGUUGUUGGCAUUGUGUAAAAACAUCAAACUUGGCCUUAACCUUUAAAGAUAUUCAAAUGAAAUUUGGUACACAUGUUGCUAGAGGCAUAACACAUUAUGAUAACCAAGGUAUAUAACUCUUGCUUUAAUAUUUUUCGAGUUAUGCCCGCUUUUAGACUGAAACAACAUCAACAGUUGGUGUUUGCUCCAAGGUGCUCUUGUAUUCUUAUGUUUAAUAACCUUUUAAUACUUACUUAUAAGUGAGAAGUUUAUUUCUAAACUAUUGACUAAUGCCUAAUUAUUUAUUUGAUUACCGCUUUUCCUUAAAGUUUAUUUUUAAACUGUUGACUAAUGUAUAAUUAUUUAUUGGAGAUUACCGCUUUUCCUUAAAAAAUGACAAAGAUGAACAAUUUAAUGAGUAUAGCCAAACAGAUUAAUAUGUUUGUUUGUUCUGUUUUGUACUUAAAAUGAAAAAUGUUUGGGUAUUGCCAUAUGUAUUUGUUCCUGCCGUCAUCGAGUCAUGGAAAAACUUACUGCAGUCAGUCAAGUAAGGCAAUCAUUAAACUUCAGGCAUACUGUUUCUCACUGUUGACAUUUAAUUAAAGAGUGUUUUAUUUGUUUCAUUCGUGCGUUAAGUUCAAUGUUAAAAUGGUAACCAAUGGGCACAGCUCUUACCAUGCAAUAAGUAGCGUGUAUAUAAGUUACAGUAAUUCAAUAUAUGCAUGCUACUAAUUACACAGUAAGCUUGACAAUAUGCUAUAACACAGUUCCUUCACCCACUUCACUCAUCAUUGAAAAUAUACAUAACUUAUGAUUUUUCAAUUUGUGUAUAAAUUAAAUAAUUCUGUUACAGGAUGCAGUUACUAUAACUUGUAACAAGACCUCUCACUCUGAUUAAAUUGAAUGCCAUAAUCUUUGGCAGACUUGGAAAGUACAAAAGUGUGGCAUCCAAUCUCAGUGUACUAGUGUCUUUCUCAUUAUACAUGCAAAAAACAUAAUAAUUUCUUAUCAUAAAUUCUACAUAUUCUGCACAAAUCCAUCCCAUGAAUUAAAGCUGAUCUCACAUGGAUUGAGUGUUACUAAGGCUUUAAGAAAAAUAUGUUUUGGGGCAGUUUACCAAACAAUUGAGAUCUGUUCUAUUGUGUGUUAUCUAUUAUGACUGAUGCCUAAUUGAGCUGAUUCUAAAACAAACAAAAAAGAAAUAAAAAAGGUCAAAACUGUCAAUUUGUGAGAGUGCAGCUUUAAUUGGUGUAUGUUACAAACAGUUGAAUAUGUCUUGGGAUUUUUUCCCUUUGAACAAGCAUUGUGUGAUUGUAAAUAGUAGAACAUUUUUUCAUGGCAUUCAAUAAUGCUAUGGGUUUGAUCAUUGAAAGUGGGUUUGUUCCCUUUGAAAUUGAUGGUAUCAAUAAUAAUUCCUGACACAUACUGUUACUUGAUCAUGGUAGCCAAUAAGUCCUCAUUUGUAAUAUUGUCUGGCCAAAAAAUAUCAACAUGGGAACAGGUUAUGAUUAAUAGAUUAUCUUAACACCCACUAUAUAAUCAUUUGUGGUGCCCUGACAUUUAGAGUAAAGUCCCAUUUCAUCAGAGUUAUUAGGGUGAUUAGGAAAAGUGUUGUUCACACUGUAUCAAAAAAGGUCACCGGCACUUUCUAACAAAAUUACUAGGGUAUUAUUCAUGUGGUGGCAAAAAAAAUAAAAUAUUUUUUUCUUCAUUGCAAAAACUCAAUAAGUGCUUUUAUAAAUACAGGAAGAUAUUAAAUCAGCCGCUUGUUCAGAACCUUGUUAUAGUUAACAACAUAAUUGGCAACAUAAUUGUUAACUCAUUGUUAACUUUUGAACCUAAAAUAUUUGAUGAUAUGCCAAUAUAUAUAAAUAAAUCAAGAGCAGUAAAGAUUUGAAAGUUAACAAAGAUGACGUUAACAACGCUGUUAACUUUAACAAAGUUCUACACAAUUGGCCAUUGAGUUAUUGUAAUUUAGGUGACGAUUGGUAUGUUAGCUCAGUACUCGGCCCAAUUUCUCAAACUUUUAAGUCCCUUGUAACAGGAUUGAGCUACAUGUAAGCUCACUUUUUUGUCUUUGAAUUGUUUGCCUAAUGUUUACUGCUUUAAGAUUUUUUUGUACUUACGAUAGGAAUUAUCUUUAUGAUAAUCUCAAUAAACCAUUUUUCAUUUAUCAAAAUUCAAUUCAAGUAUGAUUUUUGGCUUAUUUAAAUAAGCUACUUAAGCCUGUUAAGCUUAUGAAGUUUUGCGAAAUUUGGGCUUGAUAUGUUCCUCUUUAGAUUUGAAGAAAAUAUCCUAAAAAGAUUGUUAUCACCUUCAUUAUUGAUAUGUUUCUGCAAACAAAAAGUUAGGGUCAUUUUUCAAAUUAAAAUUCUUUUUUUUAUAAAAAAUUAUAACACUCAUUUGUAAAAAAAAUCAUCUUUUUAAGAACUCUUAAGACCACAUCAAUUAUCGUUGCAUUUCAUUUUUGUAUCAUUGCUUUGGGGGCGAAGGUUUUAUAAUGUACAAACUGUUCUGGUAAAGCCUCAUUUUGUGAAUAUCUUGAAUUUGCCAUUUUUAGCUCAUCUUUUGAACAAAGGAUGCGUGUAAUUGUCUUAGCCUUUGCGUCCUUGUCCGCGUGGUCAUUGUGCAAAAUCUUUGAUUUUGUCUGUAACUCAAAAGUAAACAUGUUCAAAUUUAUUUUGAGCUUUACAAUAUGCAGUUUUAGUAUUCAAAAACAUGUUUGGUUUCAAGAUUUUCAAAUGCAGAUUGAUGCACAUGUUGCCUGAGACAAUUUGCACAUGCAUAUGAAGGCCCAUUACUCUGAUUUAAAUAAUUGCUGAGUCGUUUCUUUUGAUUGACUAAAAAACAGACCAGCGAUGGUGUUCGCUCCGGGGGAUUCUUGUCGACAAUUUUGUUAUUUGAUUCAUUGUUCAGUUGUAGACUAGUAUUGCAUUGAAACUGAUGGUCCAUUUUGAUUUGUUAAAGAGAAUAUGUGAAAUAAACUGUUUAUACAUGUUGAA